AUGACCCGCCACUUGCGAAUUGGACUGCAUGGUCAUGGCCGAAAGCACGCGUCUGGCAUCAAAGGAACCACAAAGAACCCAAGCCUAGCGCCUCAAAGAACCCAACAGCACGGUACUGGUCUCCAGGGCUCUGGUUCGAAGAUGGGAGUUGUCCCAGCAAAGACCUCGAACGAUCGUCCCCUGAAAUGGACAAAUCGAUAG